AUGCAUCAUGGACUUGGUGCUCAACCACGGUGCUUGGACAUGGUACGUGGACAUGGCGCUUGGCCACAGUGCUUGGCCAUGAUGUGUGGACAUGGUGCUCAGCCAGGGGGUGUGAACGUGGUGCUCGGCCAUGGUGCUCAGACAUGGUGCGUGGACAUGGUGCUCGGCCGUGAUGCGUGGACAUGGUGCUCAGCCCCGAUGCGUGGACGUGGUGCUCAGCUGCGGUGCUUGGACUUGGUGUGUGGACACAGUGCUCAGCCAGGGGGUGGUAAACGUGGUGCUCGGACGUGGUGCUCGGGCGCAGUGCUUGAACGUGGUGCGUGGACAUGGUGUUCGGGCAGGGUCCUCAGCCCGGCGCAGGGGGGUGUGGUGCAUGCACGGUGCACGGGCACGGUGCAAGGGCAUGGUACGUCGGUGUGGUGCUUGGGCACCAUGCAUGGACAUGGUGCUCAGAGGUGGUGCUCGGGCACGGUGCUUGGGGAUGGUGCACGGCCAUGGUGCUUGAACAGGGGGCAUGGGCACGGAGAGGGUGCUCGGGCACGGUGCAAGGGCAUGGUGCAUGGAUGUGGUGCUCGGGCAUGCUCCACAGAUACGGUGCUCGGGCACGGUGCUCACCCACCAUGCUCGGACACGGUGGUUGGGCACGGUGGUCACUCACCAUGUGUGGACACGGUGCUUGGCCAUGGUGCAUGGCCACAGUGCUCACCCACCAUGCACGGACACGGUGCUCGGCCAUGGUGGUUGGGCACAAUGGUCACCCACCAUGUGUGGACACGCUGCUUAGGCACGGUGCUCACCCACCUGCAUGGACACGGCGCUCGGCCAUGGUGUUUGGGCUCGGUGGUCACCCACUGUGCACGGACAGGGUGCUUUGGCACGGUGCUUGGACGUGCUGCGUGGACAUGGUGCUCAGGCACGGUGCUCGUCCAUGCGCCGUGGGCAUGGUGCUCGGGCACGGUGCUCAACUGUGGUGCUUGGACACGGUGCUCGGCCGUGGUGCUUGGGCACGGUGCUCGCCCACCAUGCACAGACAUGGUGCUUGGGCACGAUGGUCAACCCACCGUGUGUGGACACGGUCCUUUGGCACGGUGCUCGCCCAACGUGCACAGACAUGGUGCUUGAGCACGGUGCUCACCAAUCACGUGUGGACACGGUGCUUGGCCAUGGUUUGGCAUGGUGGUCACCCACCAUGCAUGGGCACGGUGCUUGGCCAUGGUGGUUGGGCACAGUGCUCACCCACCAUGCGUGGACGCAGUCCUUGGGCACGGUGCUCACCCACCAUGCGUGGACACGGUGCUUGGCCAUGGUGGUUGGGCAAGGUGCUCACCCACCAUGCGUAGACGUGGUCCUUGAGCACGGUCCUCGCCCACCAUGCACAGACACGGUGCUUGGCCAUGGUGCUCACCAACCGCGCAUGGACACGGUGCUUGGCCAUGGUGGUUGGGCACAGUGCUCAGCCACCAUGUGUGGACACGGUCCUUGGGCAUGGUGCUCGCCCACCAUGCGUGGACACGGUGCUUGGCCAUGGUGGUUGGGCAAGGUGCUCACCCACCAUGCGUAGACGUGGUCCUUGGGCACGGUGCUCACCCACCAUGCACAGACACGGUGCUUGGCCAUGGUGGUUGGGCACGGUGCUCACCAACCGCGCAUGGACACGGUGCUUGGCCGUGGUCGUUGGGCAAGGUGCUCACCCACCAUGCGUAGACGUGGUCCUCGCCCAUGGUCCUCGCCCACCAUGCACAGACACGGUGCUUGGCCAUGGUGCUCACCAACCGCGCGUGGACACGGUGCUUGGCCAUGGUGGUUGAGCACGGUGCCCACCCGCCAUGCAGGGCCACGGUGCUCGGCCACCAUGCACCCCCCCGGCGCUUGGGCGCCGUGCUUCACCGCGACGCUUCACCGGCGCACGGCCCACCGACAGCCCUCACCGCCCCGGCGCGCAGACGCCCGCCGCUCGCACCUGCUGCACGGCACCGUCACCAUCCCCCCCCCGCCCCAGCGCCGCCCCGGCCCCGGUCCCACCGCGCUCCCCCCAGCUCCUCGGGCUCCCCGAAUCCCCGGUGGCCCCCGCCGCGAGGGCUCAGCCGGGCAUCCCGCUUCUCUGCCCGUCUCUUUCUUUUCCCCCUUUUAUCCAUUUUUUUGGGGUUUUAUUGGUGCUACUUUCUUCCCCUUUGGCUUCCCGUCAGCGCCGGGGCAGCAGCGACCCCGCGCCCCCCGCCCCCCCCCCCCCAAAUCAAGGCAAAUACCUCAACCCCCCCCCCAAAGCGAGCGAAACUGGGGCGAAUCUUUCCGAAAUCAGGGAUCCUUUCGCAGCGGUGUUUCUUCCUUAAUUAAUAACUCCCCCCCGCCCCUUAUCCCUUUCCGCCCGGGUUUUUUCCUCAUUUUUUCCGCAUCCUUCAGGGAUUACAAACCGCCGUAAUUUCAGCCUCAGUUUGAUUCCAGGAGCAAUUAUUAAUUAUUAUUAUUAUUAUUUUUUUGCCGUGGGUUUUUGCACCCACGGCACAAAAGAUAAUAAUAAAUAGAGGUAAUAAUUCCAAAAUUUGAAAAUAAAGCGCCGUUUCUUCUGGGAUUCAGGAAUUCAGUCGGAGGCCGGGGGGGGGGGGGGGGGAGAUGGGUGUUAUUUUUGGCGUUUUUUUGUUGGGUGUGUGGGGUUUUUUUUGGUUUUUUUUUUUUUUGGUUGUUUCGAGUUGGGUUUUUUUGGGCUCAUUGAGGAGGGGAGGUGGGACGGCGGCAGGCGGAGUUGUUGGGGGGGGGGGGGACACACACCGCGGGGGUGUCCCGGCGGCUCCGAAAAAUUCACACUUGAAGAUUUCUUGGUCGGCUCGGGACUGUGGUUACUUGAAAUGAAGUUUUUUUCCGGGGCGGAUCGAGGACCGGUAGAUUUUUUUUUCCCCCAUGUCUCAAGGCAAUAGGAUUAAUGUGUAUUAAACUGUAGAUACUUCUAGGACAGUAAAUUUAUGCUGAUAAUUUUAUUUUGUAUAAUUUUCCCCUUUUCUUUUCCCCCCCCGUCUUUGUGUUUCGGUUUGGUUCCCCCCCCCCCCCCUCCCCUUUAACACCCUUUUCUUUUUUUUUUCCUUUCCCCCUUUCAGUGUUUUGGUAAAUUUAUUUUUUAGGAUGCCUAAAAAUUGCAAGUUUGGAU